CUGAGGCCAGAAGCCUGUUUACGGAGGACUCCCCUGAAGAGCGCAAGUUGCAAUGAUCUAACGGAACACCAUAUUGACCGCCGGCAUACUCUUGCCGGUUGGGUGGACAGUCGCCGCGACCACGGCGGCGUUAUUUUUGUUGACCUGAGAGACAGGUCCGGAAUCGUCCAGGUAGUGUUUAGCCCAGAACUGUCUCCCGAUGCCUAUAGCAUUGCCGAGCAGCUUCGCUCGGAAUGGGUCAUUGAGGUUAAGGGCAAGGUUUCACGCCGUCCACCCGAGUCGGAAAAUCCGACUCUCCCUACGGGGAUGGUCGAGGUUAUGGCCGAUGAGGUGACUGUCCUGAAUUCCUCCCUCACGCCGCCCUUCUAUAUAGAAGAUGACGUAAAGGCGGACGAGGGGUUGCGCCUCCGAUACCGCUACCUGGACUUGCGCCGGCCCCAGAUGCAGCGGAAUCUGAUUCUGCGGCACCAGGUGGUCAAGUAUAUUCGUGACUUUCUGGACGAGCGUGGAUUCCUUGAAAUAGAAACUCCUAUCCUGAUAAAGAGUACCCCGGAAGGCGCCAGGGAUUACCUGGUGCCCAGCCGGAUGCAGAAGGGCAGCUUUUACGCCUUGCCCCAGUCUCCCCAGCAGUUGAAGCAACUGUUAAUGGUGUCAGGAGUGGAAAAGUACUUUCAGAUUGCGCGCUGCUUCCGGGACGAAGACCUGCGAGCUGACCGACAGCCCGAAUUCACCCAACUUGACCUGGAAAUGAGCUUUGUUGACCAGGAAGACGUGCUCCAACUGACCGAGGAACUCUACACUGGAAUGGUCGAGAAGUUGACCCCGGAGAAGAAGCUCAUAAAGCCCUUUCCUCGCUUGCCCCACAAUGAGGUGAUGGCCCGCUACGGCAGCGACAAACCCGACCUGCGUUUCGGCCUGGAAAUGACGGAUGUAACCGACUUGGCCGGAGAAACCGAAUUCAGGGUAUUCCUCAAUACAGUCGAGCAGGGCGGCAUAGUCAAAGGGUUCGUUGCUCCGGGUCAGGGCCACUACACCGGGUCCGACAUGCGGCGGCUUGAAGAAACGGCCAAGGAAUUUGGCGCAGCCGGCAUGAGCCACGUACGCCUGCAGGGAGAAGGGGCCCCGUCGAACUUGUCUGAAGACAAUUUCCUGCUUUCCCCAGGAUUGAGAAUGCCGGUGGAAUGGUCCCGCCGCCUGGCCGAGCGAAUGGGCGCUACUGGCGGAGACCUGAUAGUGCUUAUGGCCGGGCCUGCCAGCCGGGCAAACCUGUGGCUCAGUUCCAUGCGUAACUAUUUCGGCGAACGGCUGGGGCUGAUUGACGAGGACAUACUGUCCUUUGCUUUUGUUACCGGAUUCCCCCUCUUCGACUGGGACGAGAACAAUAACAGGUGGGACUCCUCUCACCACCCCUUCACUUCACCAGCCGAUGGCAAGGAAGAACUGCUGGACGGGCAGGAACUGGGGGGUAUUGAAUCGAAGGCCUAUGAUCUGGUAUGCAACGGUUCCGAACUGGCCAGCGGCAGCAUCCGAAUCCACCGCCGAGAACUCCAGGAGAAGAUUUUUACCGUCCUGGGCUACAGCAAAGAGCAGGUGGAGGAGCGGUUCGGCCACAUCCUUGAAGCUUUUGAAUACGGCGCGCCUCCUCACGGAGGCAUUGCUCCCGGCAUAGACCGGCUGGUUGCUAUCCUGGCCGGCGCGGAUUCCAUACGGGACGUAAUUGCCUUCCCCAAGACCCAGAGUGGAACUGACCUGUUAUUCGGGGCACCGGCGCCGGUGGAUGACUCGCAAUUGCGGGACUUGGCACUGCGGAUUACCGAAUAG